AUGGCCUAUUUGAUUCCCAAGUCUGCGGAUGAUGAUUUCGUGAUUCAGAGGGACCAUUGCAGAGAGCUACUUGUCUUUUGGUGCUUUGGAGUUUACAAGAUCACAGCUAUGAUUGCUAACAACAGCAUGCAUACGAUUGGUGCCAUAUCCACCUCCAUCCCAUCAUCUGGUGCUUCCCAUUACCUGCAAUUUGGUGAACCUCUAGAAACAAAGGUCUGUUAUCGAUCGAUCAUGUCAGCAACAAGGAGCAGGUUUAUACCUUUGGCGUCAGCAAGCUUUCGAUCUUCUGGUGGUUCUGGUUAUCGGCAAUUCCUUUGA